UUAAUUUUAGAGUUGUGUUGCGAUAUCUUCCCGUGAGUCUCUGAUCUUGAUCGUACACGUUUGCGUGUAUGAUUAGUGUACGAUUGAAUCGGGGGCGUCACAAGGAGUUACUUCUUAUCUUAUUCAUCCUGAAAAUUGUUGGGAACUUGGGAUAGUAUUAUAAUGUAACAAUUCGGUAUUAGUAUAAAUGUUGUUCUUGACAGAUCAUGUUAACUAAGCGCCAGAUUUAUCCUAAUCUCUAGAAUGUAUUUAAGUUUAUACCAUGUCUGCUCAAUGGUUGUCUACAUACCUUGCAUGCUCUCGGCCGCUUCGUCAUUUUAUUUUGUCAAAUAUCAAGUGAAGUUAAUCUUGUUUGUUGUCUUGGCAGUAUGGGCACACUCCUAUAGAAAUUGCUGCACGUUCUGGUAUGCGUGAACAUGUUGAAAUUCUAUUUCCCGUCACUUCUCGUAUUCCUAAAGUACGUGACUGGAGUGUUGAUGGAAUCAUUGGCAAUGUAAAUUCAGUGCCCUCAUCAAAGAAAACUAUGCUUGCUAGUGCAAAAUCUAAAGCACAUGAGGCAUUCAAGAAUGGGAAUUAUCUUAUUGCAGCAAGAAUUUAUGGAGAGGCCAUGGAGCUCGACCCUUUUAAUGCGACCUUGCGCUCAAAUAGUAGCCUAUGCUGGAUUCGCUUCGGUAAUGGGACGCAGGCCCUGAAGGAUGCUCAAGCUUGCAGGAUGAUGCGACCUGGCUGGGCCAAGGGCUGCCACCGUGAAGGAACUGCUCUGAUGCUACUGAAGAAUCGUAUUUGAUGCAGCUGAUAGACUUUGGAUUGGAGUAGGCUAGUAGAUCCGGUGAACCUACCUUCUCCAGCAGUGGAUGAACUCGAGCCGGAGGCCAUCGUGGUGCUGGGGCGCACGGCGAUGGCGGAGAGUGCGCGAGGUGGUGGAGCUUCCUGUGAGCACCGCGCUAACCCUAGAUCGGUAGGGAUUGUAGGUGGGGAUUGUGGCAGCGAUUAACCUCGUGAGUCCUGCCCCGGCCCCCACCUCUGCUUAUAUAGCGCGGGUCACAGGGGCCCACCAACCAUGGUUUGCUUGGGCGCCCCCGAUCAGGGCGCGAGUCAGGGGCCCGUUCGACCCGUUGGGUUCGAACGGAAGAGAGAUCAACCUAACAUUCUCCCCCUUGAUCUCAACUUUACUUUUAACUUUAUACUUUCUAGUUUAUUUGUUUCAUCACAUAUUGAUACAUAGAGCAUGUUUCAUCGUCACGACUUAAUUGUCGUUAGAAUCAUACAGCUACAACAUACGUUAUGUUCAGAAACAAAUUCUGUUCCUUUUGGGCCUAUCCAGGAAUCAUAAGGCUUUCCCUUAAA